GGUAAAGUUGCGUUAUAAAGAUUGUGAACAUGAUCUAAUCUUCAAAGACAAAUUCAACCGGUCACCCCUAAAAACAUGUAUCAUGAGAUCACCUACCAUUCCGAAUCUUCUUGAGAUAUUUUGAUUGUUUACACGAUCAUAAUUACGUCCAUAAAUCUUGUGCCCAAACGAAAAUACCCAAAAGUAAAGAAAAUUUGAAUAUACUUUUUUGACUAAAAACCCAAAUUAAUCAAUGGUUUUGCUACCCACUAUCUCUCCCCUCUUUCAUCCUCAUUUCCCACUAUAUAUACAUAUAUGAUCAGCAUACAUCCUCAUUCACAUACAUAAGCCAAUAAUGGGUGUGUGGUGGAUAGUGGUGGUGACUAUCUUGGCUCACACGGCGUCUGCCGCCGUGAGAGAGUAUCAUUGGGAGGUUGAGUACAAGUUCGGAUUUCCCGACUGCAAAGAAGGUAUGGUCAUGGCCGUCAACGGCCAGUUUCCCGGUCCCACCAUACACGCCCUCGCUGGAGACACCAUCGUCGUCCAUCUCACCAACAAACUCGCCACCGAAGGCCUUGUCAUUCAUUGGCAUGGAAUUCGUCAGUUGGGAAGUCCAUGGGCAGAUGGAGCAGCUGGAGUUACUCAGUGUGCGAUUACCCCUGGCGAGACUUUCACCUACAAAUUCACUGUUGAUAAGCCGGGAACACAUUUCUACCAUGGGCACUACGGCAUGCAGAGAUCAGCUGGGCUAUACGGAUCAUUGAUUAUAGACGCAGCGAAAGGGAAGAGAGAGCCACUGAGAUAUGACGGAGAGUUUAAUCUCUUGCUAAGCGAUUGGUGGCAUGAGAGUGUUCUCUCCCAGGAACUCGGUCUUUCUGCCAAACCUAUGCGCUGGAUCGGUGAAGCUCAGAGCAUAUUGAUCAAUGGGAGAGGACAAUUUAAUUGUUCAUUGGCGGCGCAAUUCAGCAACGCGACGGCACAGUUCAGCAAUACGUCGUUACCUAUGUGCAAGUUUAAAAAAGGAGAUCAAUGCGCACCACAGAGACUACACGUGGAGCCUAACAAGACUUACCGAAUCAGACUCGCCAGCUCCACCGGUCUUGCCUCCCUCAACUUUGCUGUUCAGGGACACAAGCUAGUGGUGGUGGAGGCCGACGGCAACUACAUCACACCGUUCACCACCAGCGAUGUCGAUAUAUAUUCCGGCGAGACCUACUCCGUCCUCCUCACCACCGAUCAAGACCCUUCCCAAAACUACUGGAUCUCCGUCGGCGUUCGCGGCCGGAAACCAAAGACACCUCCAGCACUCACUGUCUUACACUACGUAACCGCCCCUUCUUCCCAACCCCCUUCCUCUCCGCCGCCGGAGACUCCGAGAUGGAACGAUUUCGAUCGGAGCAAGAACUUCUCGAAGAAGAUCUUCUCCGCGAUGGGAUCGCCACCGCCGCCGAGGAAAUUCAGAAAACGGCUGAUCCUCCUCAACACUCAGAACUUGAUCGAGGGUGAAACCAAAUGGGCUCUCAACAACGUCUCUCUCGUGGUUCCGGCGACGCCGUAUCUCGGAUCCGUCAAGUACAAACUGAGACGCGGAUUCGAUCGUAAGCCGCCGCCGCCGAAUUUCCCGAUGGAUUACGACAUCAUGAAUCCGCCGCGAAACCGUAACACCACGAAGGGAAACGGGAUCUACGUUUUUCCGUUUAACGUAACCGCCGACGUGAUUCUCCAAAACGCUAACGGCUUAGACGCAAACGCGAGCGAGAUCCAUCCGUGGCAUCUCCACGGGCACGAUUUUUGGGUUUUGGGUUACGGCGAAGGGAAGUUCCGUCCAGGAAUUGAUGAGAAGACGUAUAAUUUGAAAAAUCCGCCGUUACGGAACACGGUGCCGUUGUAUCCGUAUGGAUGGACGGCGUUGAGAUUUGUAACGGACAAUCCUGGGGUUUGGUUUUUUCAUUGUCACAUUGAACCGCAUUUGCAUAUGGGUAUGGGUGUGGUUUUCGCUGAGGGAUUAAACCGGAUUGGUAAGGUACCUGAUGAGGCGUUAGGUUGCGGUUUAACCAAGCAAUUUCUGAUGAACCGGAAUAACCCUUAGUACAUUGCAAUCAGUGAUUUGUAUUGUGGCGGCAUUUGAGUCUGUUUUUUAUUUUGGUUUGUGUACCGUCAGGUAGUAGACCUACUAUUGGUUCUUGUUAUUGGUAUAGGUGUUGUUGAGACUAAACCGGAUUGAUGAGGUGGUUGAACCAAACAUUUUUUUAUAAACCGGAACAGUCUACUUCUGAAGGUUGUAAUCAAUGUGUUGUGGUGGCAUUUGAGCUGCUUUUGUUUUUGGUGUGUGUGCCGUGUUAUAAACCGAAGAUUUGUUCAUGUUAUUAACAUUCUGAAACUUUCAGUUUGUAAGAUGUAAUUUGUUUCAUUAUUAAACUCCACGAAUGUUGAAACU